AUGAUCCGUCGGCAACUAAGUAACCCUGAUUUCCUUCUUGUCGAUGAUCAACAUGAUGAUGAUCUUAUGAACGAUGAAGAAUUGAUGAUUAGGACAUUAGUGUUGGGGUCUUCGGAGCCUGAAGCUGAACCGGUGUUUAGUCUCCAACUAUCCUUUGAUGAUGUCUCCAGAAGCUGUGACGGCCUCAUGUGCAUCUACAAUUUUCAGAGAUCUAUACUUAUGGUCAAUCCCAGCACAAGAUGGAUGCGAGAAGUUCCUCCAGCAAGUCUUCAAGAACGUACUUUCCAAAGGUAUGAUCGUAAAUACGAACCUAACUUGUUAGGCUUUGGGAAAGACAUAUGCACGAAAACAUACAAGUUGGUUUGGUUGUGCAAUUCAUUGCAAAUAGAUCCACCAACUACUUGUGAAGUUUUUGAUUUUAACAUCGAUACAUGGAGGCAUGUGGAAUCUUCUCCCUACCGGAUUCUUGUUGAUCAUAAUCCUACAUACGUAGAUGGGUCUCUGAACUGGUUCAUCUCCAAGAGCAGUACCGAGAUUAAUGUAAUAUCUUUUGAUUGCCACACCGAGAUUUUUCAAGAGAUUUCAGGAUAUCCACUUACUCAAGAAGAUGAAACUCAGAUCAUCAUGUGCAAUCUGAACAAUCGUCUGUGUGUAUCAGAAAAGAAGUGGCCAACACAAGACAUAUGGACAUUAAAUUGUUCAAACAUGAUGACAUGGGAGAAGAUGUAUUCACUAGAUCUAUCUUCUUGUCCUGAUGGCUUGCUAAGCGGUGAGAGGCGGCCAAUAGCUGGACCACUCGCAAUUCUGAAUAAUAAGAAGCUAUUGCUUUUUGAUGAGCAUGGACCGCAUGGUUAUAAUCCAAAUGUUGUGAUGUAUGACUUGGAAACAAGAUCAUAUUCCCUAUGUUUCGAUGCAGAAUCUGUGAUACUGGUAACUCCUUAUUUUCAAACUUUAAUCACAAUCCCUUAA